GGAAAAUGCUGCAUUCUGUGCGAAAACAUGUUAUACAACAAGAGGAACUUUUUGAUGGGAAAUAUGCCAGCCCAAGAUCAUGCUGCCUGCAGGAUAGAUAUUGAAAUUCUGCUUGCAGAGAAAGUAUCCUAAGGCUCUCCUAGAACACUCUGUGUGAGUAGAUUCCUUAUUUUUUUCUUGUGGCUGUUGUGAUUCUCCGUCGCCGUUUGGUCACACGUUGUGAUUGUGUGAUGCUUAGUCACCCGUGCUGGAAUCAAAUGCCGCAUACCUUACCUCAGAGUCGGAUCAGGACUCGGGACUCGGGACACAAGCGUGCUUGCUUGCAGGGCAUGUCUUAGUGAGAUUAACCUCGUGCUCUGGAGUGCGUCUGGCACAAACAAUUACCUGCUGAUCCCUCCAGAUCCCCCAGUUCAUCGCAGACUCAAAGCAUGACGGGCACGGAAGACCAGCGCGUAAAGGAGGUAGAGGGAAGUUUUAGGCAAGGAAUUGGUCACGUGUAGAUCUUCCCCUUGGAGAGGCUGUGCUUGCUGAAUGCCUGAGCCCACUGUGUGCGAUUACCGACACGUCCACGACCUGCUUACAGCAAAAUUUCAGCCUCGGUCAGAUGCACAUGAUCGUACUCUGUAUGAGUUUCAUCCCCUGGUCACGAUCUCGCCAGUGCGCAUAGCCUCAGCCAUCUCUUGGCACUAUCCCGCAAUAAGUACUCGGCUUCCGAAUGAAACUUUCAACAGCCCUACCUUGUCAUGACUUUCGCCAACGCCGUUUUCUUCAAUCCCACCUUGCGGAUAUAUGCGCUCCGCCUGCUUAUUCUUUCGCAAAUCAUCACGCCGCUGAUACUCGGGGUAUGCGAUGGUCUGAACAUGGUUGACUGGGGCGACGAUGGCGGCCUGUUUCUCUUUAUCUGUUUCAUCCCCGUGGCCUGCUUCACCCUCGUUCACCAUUGCACCGCUCUGAUUAGUUGGUCUUUCCCUGGCGCCGCACUGCUCGACAUCCUGUUGGUUCUGGGAGAGUUGGGAAUGGCUAUCUUCCUGUUCAUCUUCAUGGGCCUCGCCGUACUUCCGUGCCUGAUCGUGCUGUUCUUCACGUUUAUGUUCCGGAUUGCCAGCAUCGUUCGCGGGAAGGAACGCUUCUUCAAACAGCGCUUCGCGUUCCUAGGCGGUUGUGCGCCGAGUCAGCCGCGCGGCGGUCCACUGGCAAUCUUGUUCAGCCCAGCUGCGAUCCGGCCCCUCAUGCGGGGCGAGUGGGUCGUGACCAUCGUCCUGCGCACCAUCGCCCUCUGUGCGCUCGCGGUCUUCAUCCCAGGAUUCAUGAUCUACGCCAUCUUCUUCAUGCCCUUCUCGUCGACACACACCCGGACCGUGCCUGUGAGCCCGUCCCAGGGGUUGUUCGCAUCCACCAUCGUGUCGGAUUUGCGUCCUUUUCCUCGUGGAUUCGGUUUCGCCUACAGUUCUGAUUCCGGGAAUGGGCCGCUGGCCAACGUGUCCGUGCGUGCGGGUUUCCAGUUGUUCACGGCGGGGAAACAGACGACGGAUGGCUGCCAAACGGGAGAUUAUACGUACGGGGUCCAAUGUCCUCAGUCGUGGGACGAGCUGUCGAACGUCACAUUCUCGAUGGAUUUCCCGAGCAACGUCUCUUCCGUCUACAUUCAGCUCAUCUCGACCUCUUAUUCUGAAGACGUGAUGAUCUAUCCGGCUCUGCCUGUCAAUCCAGUGCUCUUGCCCGGCUCUCGACUCGUCGGCGUGCUAUCCUGGUCCCAGCGCAAGAUUCUGCAGGGACCAGACUGGACCAUGGGUGGCAUUUCUUUCGUGAGUCCUAUGCUGGAUAACUAUCCUGUGUUGAUUGAGUAUACACCAAAGAGAAACCGCUAUACGUACGGGUUCUUCCCAACGAUCACGGCUCUGCAGCAGAAUCUCACCGCCGACCCCGCCAUCACGAAUCCGCGCACCGCACAGCUGACACUGCUGCAGCCCUACCCAUACGUCAUGUCGUACUCUGAAGACCACCGCGACUAUUCAGCGCUGGGCGGGAUCGGUCUGGCGGGCGGCAUGUGGGUCUUUGCCAACGGCCUGUUCGCGCUGUUCUUCGGGGCUGGGAUUCUGCACUUUGGGCUCGGCCGCCGACCCUUGUCGCCCAUCGGCCUGCUCCAUGUCUUCCAGCGCGACUCGCUUCUUGCGAAACAGCGGGAAGAUUUCCCUGCACUGCUGAGCGAGAACGAGGAUCCGGCUGGUGUCGUUGCUCUCGUGCGCGAUCGGAUGGUCCAGUCACAACCUGCAGUGGAUCCCUCGUCGAUCGCUCUGAACAAUGGAGCCAAGUUUGAGCUGAUGCAUCCGGAGUCGGAUGCAGAUGGGGCUCGGCUGCCUAGGUGAUCGCUUUCCUACUACGGUAAUAGAAUAGGGAUUUUGGAGAUUGGACUCUACUUAAUGAUCAUGAAAUUUAACGCCAGUCAGUCAAUAAGACCUGAGCAGCCGACGUCUGGGGGUCCAAGGCUCGAUGGUCUCCCAGAGCCCAGGCAUCGUCGACAAAUGUACCUGCGGGGAGGAAGUAUAUCUAUGUAGCUGACCCCGUAAGA